UGAAUCAAUUUCCUCCUCACUAAACAUGGCUCAAUCACUCCUCUUCAGCGUUGCAGAAAGUGUGCUAGGGAAGAUAGCAUCACCGGCGCUCCAAGAAGCCGUCGCAAUUUACGGAUUCGACAAUCAGAUCCGCCAGCUUAGAGAGACGUUGACUGCCAUUCAGGCAGUGUUGUUAGAUGCCGAGGAGCAGCGGGAGAAGAGCCGCCUUGUGAAAGUGUGGUUAGAUCGGCUUCAACAGGUACUUUAUGAUGCGGAGGACGUGCUCGAUAAACUUGAGUGCGAAGCCUUAAGGAAGCAGAUGAUAAGUCGCCACGUGGGUGUCAAAGGGAAGGUACGCCGUUUCUUUUCCCUCUCCAAUCCCCUGGUACUCCGUGCAAAACUUAGUCAUAAAGUCAAGGAGAUCAGGGAAAUAUUAUCCAGAAUUUCCACGGAGAAAGAUCAAUUCCAUCUUAAAGUGCAGAGUGCUGACAAUGAUGUGGCACAUACACGAUCACGAGAGAUGACUUACUCAUUCGUAAACAAGUCGGAUGUCGUUGGAAGAGAUAUUGAGAAACAAAAGAUAAUUGAGAUGUUAUUGCGGCCGGCAGAUGAUAAAAAUCUCCCGGUGAUUCCCAUUGUUGGAAUUGGAGGUUUGGGCAAAACGGCCCUAGCUAAGUUAGUCUACAACGACGAUAGUGUGAAAGAGCAAUUUAAGUUGCGGAUUUGGGCGUGCGUGCCCGAGGACUUCGAUUUAAAGAAAACCGUUGAAGAGAUUAUUAAAGAUGCAACGGGUCAAACUUUGAUUAACUUGAAUGUUCAGCAGUUGCAAACUCGUUUGCAAGACAUCAUCAAAGACAAGAAAUAUCUACUUGUCUUGGAUGACGUUUGGAGCAGUGACCGCAGUAGAUGGAAAGAAUUGAGAGAUUUGCUAAGCAAUGGAGCUAGUGAAAGCAAGGUAAUUGUGACAACACGCAGUUCAGAAGUCGCUUCCAUGAUGGGUACCCAUCCAGCGCACAAUCUAAAAGGUCUUUCACAUGAGGACUCUAUGGCCUUGUUCAAAAAAUGGGCAUUCGACGAAAAGGAAAAGCAAUCACGCCCUGAUCUCCUUGAGAUUGGAAAUGACAUUGUCAAAAAAUGUGGAGGAGUUCCUCUCCUUGUGAAAACUCUGGGGAGCCUAUUGUAUUCGAAGUAUGAUGAAAGGCAUUGGACACAUGUAAGGGACAGUGAAACAUGGGAAUUACUGAAAGCGAAAAAUGACAUUCUGCCGGUACUUAAGCUUAGCUAUGAUCAUUUGCCAUCCCACUUGAAGCGUUGUUUUGCAACAUUUUCACUUUUCCCUAGAGGAGUCGAACUCCUGAACCAUACUUUUGUGGAACUAUGGAUCGCUCUUGGAUUCAUCAGUUCAACAAGGGAAAAACAAGCAUUGAUAGACGUUGGUGAUGAUUACUUUAGAGAGUUAUGGAAGAGAUCUUUGAUCCAAGAAGUUGAGGUACGCGAGGGGAUGAUAACAUUUAGAGUGCACGAUCUGGUCCAUCUUCUUGCAACGAGCGUGGCACAAAAUGAUUGCUCUAUUGUCAGCUUAGAUACCUCGGAGAUUUCAGAAGGAGUUCGACACAUUUCGCUCUCUAGCACGUCGUCGGAAGGAAUCUCAAAUGUCGAUGGAGUCCCCCCCUUUUUGAGAAAGCCAGCUUCGAGGAAGCUACGUGCAAUUAUACAAUUGAAUUUUGAUGAUGGAUUUAUUUCUAGGAACUUUACCAGAACGUGCAUCUCCCAAUGUAUCUCCUUACGAUAUCUAGAUUUGUCAGAUGGUAGUUUUGAGGAACUGCCAAGUUCCAUCUGCAACUUGAAGCAAUUGAGAUUCUUAAAUCUCAAUGGGAAUAGGCUAUUGAAGGAGCUUCCGAAUACCAUUUGCGAGCUACAAAGUUUACUAUACUUAUCCUUCCGCGGUUGCUCAGAGCUACGCAAAUUACCCAAAAAUAUGAAAAGACUCUCAAGCCUUAUAUUUCUAAGCAUAUCGACAAAGCAAAAUAGUCUACAGGAAAGUGGAAUACAAUACAUGGAAAACCUGCGGUGGUUGGAAAUCCGUGAUGCCCAAAAUCUGCAAGUGUUAUUUGAAGGUACUUGUAGACUGAGUCGCCUUCGGACGUUGGAUAUUCGAAAUUUUAGGAGACCAAUAUACUUGCCUUUCGGGGAAUUAAUCGCUCUAGACUUCUUGCUAAUUGAUAAUUGCAAGCUCGUGUUGACCCAAGAGAACAAGUCCGACUUCCCUUUGAAUCUCCGCAAGCUGAUAAUAUCACAGUCUGAACAAGCGAUGGAGCUGCUUCAAUGUCUUGAAGGACCAGCCCGCAGUUUGGAGUCUUUUGGUGUCUACGACUGCCCGAACUUGACGGCCGUACCUAAAUGGCUGCCCAAUCAUACCUGUCUCAAGUUAAUUCGUCCGAUUCAAUGUCCCAACUUAUCGUCCAUGCCACAUGGAAUUCAGUCCCUCACUGCCCUCGAGGAAUUACACGUUGAGCAUUGUGGUGAACCGAGCACAAGAUGUGAACCCCAAACUGGCGAGGAUUGGCAAAAAAUCGCCCACAUCCCUCGAAUAGUUCUUGAUACAAAACGUGUAAAAUGGAUGGAUGAUUAGAUGAACUCCUAUGAUCUAUUGGCGACUCCAUGUGGAUCUCCGCAAAGAUUUUGUUGGGAACUCAGCUAAUCCCUUCAUUGAUCUCUUUCGUUUUCAAGGAUGAAAACAAUGGCAGUUAAUAUUGUACUUAGUUCUUUCUUACCUUGUGCGAUUGUUGUUCUUUGUUAUCUGCUUGGGUUUGUAUAGCAAAUUUCUCCAUGGAGAAAAUGCCUUAUUCGUAUUGUGUGAGACCAACUGUAGCACUAUCAUGGGUUGAAAUCUAUUAGAACA